AUGACAACAGGUUCAGAUGCUCCACAACAGACAACGAAGCCAAAAAAAUCUCGUAGUAAGCGUCAGCGAGAGGCAAACUCCGAAUUUCUUGUUGAUUUCGGCAAACUGACGCUGCCGACGAUGAAGAGAUAUAAACGCUCUGUAGAUCCAAAUUAUGAAGAUCAAGUCACUUCAAAGAAUCGAGCAGAGUUCAUCCACGGGAUUAACCAACACUUUCGAAAUUCACCAGUUCCUGACGAAAACGAAACAAUUCACUUUUUCCUGUACGUUGCGCGCCAUCACCGAUUAAAACAUGAAACCAAAGAAAAAAUGAAAACCGAGCAUUAA